CUGAGUGGAGGAAUUCACUCCAGCUGAAAAGCGCCACAUUCCGAACUUCCUCCGUGUCUUCUCGGUCAUUAAAACUCAGUUUACAGGAGACCGUGUCGAUACCAUGUCCACUGGGUCCGUUAGCGAUGCGGAAGAUCUUCAGGAAAUGGAAGUGCUGGGUACGGAGGAGGAAUGCGAUGCUUUAAAGAGGAAAUCUAACAAGGGAUUCUGCACGUCCAACGACAGCAACGAAGACAGCUCCAACAACGAACACGAAUCCCCCAAAAAGGGCAGGGGGGCUUCGGGAAAGAGGCGCAAGACGGGUUCCAAUAAAUCUCCUCUGAAUGGGGUGACCCAGGAAGGGAAACAGGUUCAACGUAACGCAGCAAACGCCAGGGAGAGGGCCAGGAUGAGAGUGCUGAGCAAAGCCUUCUCUCGGCUCAAAACCACCCUACCCUGGGUCCCCCCGGACACCAAACUCUCCAAACUCGACACCCUCCGGCUGGCAUCCAGCUACAUCGCCCAUCUGAGGCAGAUCCUAGCCAACGACAAGUAUGAGAACGGCUACAUUCAUCCAGUCAACCUGACAUGGCCGUUUAUGGUCGCAGGAAAGCCAGAGAGCGAGCUGAAAGAGGUUGUGAAUACAAGCCGUUUGUGCGGGACGACAGCGUCAUGACUAAAAGGGGGAAAAAAGUGAACAUAAAGUCGGAGGAAAAUCCAGAAACCAAAGAGAAAAACCACUAAACUGAGGAAGGAACGGUCGAAGCCCUAAGCGCAUCUCAGGCCGGGCUCAAUCACUGCCGAAUGUUACUACCCUCCUGGCGUAUCGACAUCAUCCCAUUGCUUUGCUGGUCAAAGUACGGAAGGGAUCUUUACGUCUCCAUUUAUAAUUGUGACCAGACUUUAAUAUUGUCGUGCAAGAUAUUGUAGGUACGUUGAAUUUCAGAGCUGACUUUGAUAGUCAUAUGCUGUGUAAGGAAGCAUCAUAUAAAAGAUAUAUAUAUAUUUUCUUUAUCCGCAAGUCUUUGCAAAUCUUGUAAAUAAAAGUUUGCUUUAUAU